UUUGUUUUAUAGAGAGUUCUUAUGUAUGUUUAUUUAAUCAUUUAACUUAUUCUAACAAAGAUUAUGUCGUCAGGACCAAUGGUAUUGUGUCAACUAUGGAUGGGUGGCCUUGAGCCAUACAUGACCGAAAGUUUCAUUAUGAAUGCCUUUCAUAAAAUGGGAGAACAGCCUCAAACCGUAAAAGUUAUGAGAAAUCGUUAUACUGGUGAACCUGCUGGUUAUUGUUUUGUACACUUUCCAACGGAUGAAAUGGCAUUGGAUGCUAUGCAUAAGCUUAAUGGCAAAGCAAUUCCUGGGUCAAAUCCUACUGUGAGGUUUCGUUUAAAUCAUGCGAGCACUACUGGUAAACCUGCUGCUGACAGAGAGUUCAGUAUUUGGGUAGGAGAUUUAUCCACAGAUGUAGAUGACUAUUCUUUGUAUAGAGCAUUUGCUGCAAAAUAUAACUCUAUUAGAACGGCUAAAGUAAUAUUAGAUAGUUCAGGAUUUAGUAAAGGUUAUGGUUUUGUAAGAUUUGCAAACGAAGAAGAGCAGAAAAAUAGUUUGGUGACGAUGAAUGGAUAUAGAGGAUUAGGAACAAAAUCUCUAAAAAUUUGUAAUGCUGUGCCAAGACCUUGGAAUAAGAUAUCAACACCACCUCAAUCAUCUUCAGAAUAUGCACCAUCGAACAUGAAUUCUGAAGCAUAUAAUUAUUAUGAUACUUCCUCUUAUUGGAACAGUUACAGUGCCUGGCAGCAAGGUUAUUAUGAAAGUGAGCCAACAUCAGAUGCCUAUAAUAGUUAUGUUUCUGAUCAAAAACCAGAAGAAGAUGAAUUAGAAUUAAUUGAACAUUCUAUUCCUUUGGAUAUUGAUAAAUUAAAUAGGGAAAUAAUUGAACAAGAUUACAAUUUAUGGGAUGCUUUAGAAAGUUCCAAAUGGAUUCCUUGUGAUACUAUAGAAUUGUGUUACUAGUAAUAUUUUACUAUAUUUCUUUUAUUUUGGUAUUUUUAAUAUUUUGUAAAAUUCUUUUUGUAGUUGUAAAUAUUUAAAUAUUACUCAUAAAAAAAGUUAACUAGACAUUAAAGAUGAAAGGAAAGUAUAAAUAAACCGAACGUUUU